AUGCCAUUGACGGGAGGCCAGCUGGAAGAGUUGAACUUGUUUCAUCGGAAAGUGCAUGAGGAUGAGCCCAAAGAUCUUUUGCAAUUCGCCGCAAACUAUUUUAACAGAAGACUAGAACAACAGCGGUUCUUUGCACGUAACCAAGAGUCGUUGGCACUGUCGAAAGGCAUUGUGUUGUUUCCAUCUGCAACAAGAAACGAUUCGGUCGUUGCAUCUGCUUCAGCAGCUGCUGGAUUGAAAGGUGCAGAAUCGCAAUCCAAUGAUCAAAUCUUCAAAGCAUCGUUUGCGGAAACCGAUCCACAUGCCACAGGUGCAGCAGCUUCAAUCCAAGAAGCAGGAAUGGCUCCAGAUACAGUGAGCAGCGAAGAAGGCAGCGAAAUGGCCGGUUUUGGCUCAGGCAUCUUCAAAGAUAACUUCCGUGUGAACAAAAGCUCAGACAAGCACAUCAAGAAACCUGUGGAUCCCAUGGCACCCGCAGAUCAGGCUGGAUCAUCACCACAACCCACAACGGCUCCUAGAAGAUCUGUAGCAGUGCCCAGACCAUUGCCCAUGAACUUCAACGCUCAAAGACGCACGUCCGUAAGUGGAGAAACGAUGCAGCCCGACAAUCUUGAUGAUUGGAAGCCCGAGAACUACAGCGAAAAGACAGGUCUACAACUGGAGAGGCUUGAAAAGGCCAUUGGUCGCAACUUUUUGUUUAACAAGCUUGACACCGAGUCCAAGAGACUGGUGAUAAAUUCUUUGGAGGAGAAAAGUGUAAAAGAAGGCAAGGAAAUCAUUAAGCAAGGUGACGAAGGUGACUAUUUUUACAUUGUCGAAAGGGGCAAUGUGGAUUUCUUUGUUGGAUCUCAAAAGGUCAACACUUCGGGCCCAGGUUCCAGUUUCGGAGAACUGGCUCUCAUGUACAACAGUCCCAGAGCUGCCACGGUUUUGGCCACCACGGACUGCGUGCUGUGGGCUCUUGAUAGAUUGACGUUCAGAAGAAUUCUACUGGGCAGCUCUUUCAAGAAGAGAAUCCUAUAUGACGAACUUCUCAAGUCCAUGCCUGUUCUGCAGUCUUUGACCACUUACGACCGUGCCAAAUUGGCGGAUGCUCUAGAUACAGAAAUAUAUCAGCCGGGACAAAUCAUAAUUCGCGAGGGUGACAGCGGUGACAACUUCUAUUUUAUCGAGUUUGGGGAAGCGGAAGUGUCCAAGGAGCAACAUGGAAUUAUUGCACACCUGAAGCAAGGCGACUAUUUCGGAGAAGUAGCAUUGUUGAACGAUCUACCCCGUCAAGCAACGGUGAAGGCCAUCAAGAAGACCAAGGUGGCUACGCUCGGUAAGAGCGGAUUUCAAAGACUUCUGGGGCCUGCGGUCGAGGUUUUGAAGCUCAACGAUCCCACCCGUGUGGACCAUUGA